GCUAUAAAAAGGGCUCCCGCGGGCGGCGGCGUUACCCGGCGCUUGGUUCGCGCGUCCCGUUGGCGAGCGAGAGACGCGCGUUCGCCGCGAUGCCCGAGCCGGCCAAGUCCGCCCCCGCGCCCAAGAAGGGCUCCAAGAAAGCCGUGACCAAGACGCAGAAGAAGGGCGACAAGAAGCGCAAGAAGAGCCGCAAGGAGAGCUACUCGAUCUACGUGUACAAGGUGCUGAAGCAGGUGCACCCCGACACGGGCAUCUCGUCCAAGGCCAUGGGCAUCAUGAACUCCUUCGUCAACGACAUCUUCGAGCGCAUCGCCGGCGAGGCCUCGCGCCUGGCGCACUACAACAAGCGCUCCACCAUCACCUCGCGGGAGAUCCAGACGGCCGUGCGGCUCCUGCUGCCCGGCGAGCUGGCCAAGCACGCCGUCUCCGAGGGCACCAAGGCCGUCACCAAGUACACCAGCUCCAAGUAAGCUGCCUCUGCCCUGAGUCAGACCUGCUCGACCCAAAGGCUCUUUUAAGAGCCACCUACCUUUUCAGUAAUAGAGCUGAUGCUGUGGCGAGUUGAUUUAGCUGUCCCAGGUUCUUCUCACGAAAGGAGCUAGAAUAGCGUGAAAGCGCUAUCAUUUGUAAGCAUCCCGGGAUGUACCUGUUCGCGGCAAGCGAUGCGUUCUACAUCUGCCUCAGUGGAGCAGAGAACGCUCGCGA